GAAAGAAUGAAAAGGUCUGUAAAGGCAUCACUCAUUAUGAUUAUUAGUAAACCAUUUCUCAUUUUUGAGGCACAUUUCUUUCGUAGGUGAAGUCUUACUAACUACCUCAUACCCACAUUGAACAGCUCCUCGAAUCAAAGGUUAUACAAUCACACAUUAGCUUUGCCAUUUUCAACAAACAUAUCAUGUCUUAUUCACACGUUACUACCUGGGCACCCGCUCCACGAACUGUCCGUGGAGGAACGAGCCGCAUCACUUAUCAUCCUAAAGAGAACAAAAUUGCAUAUGCAAACAACAGAUCUAUUAUUCUUAGAGACGUAGCACAUCCUGACCAAUGCUUUCAGUAUGUAGGUCACACUGCUGCCACAACAGUAGCAAGAUUCAGCCCUUCUGGCUUUUACGUUGCUUCAGGAGAUGCUCACGGAAAUGUUCGAAUUUGGGAUUGCGUUGGAGAAGAACAUAUUCUUAAAAGCUCAUUUGAAGUGUUAAGCGGUCCUAUUCAUGAUGUAGAUUGGGAUGGUGAAAGUCAAAGACUCAUUGCUGUUGGCGAGGGAAAAGAAAGGUUCGGCCAUGCCUUCUCGGCAGAUACGGGAAACACUAUUGGUGAGAUUUUUGGCCAUUCAAGUGUGAUCAAUGCAGUUACUAUGAAACAAAAUCGCCCACUUAGAGCUGUAACUGCCUCCGAUGAUCAGUCAGUAAAUUUCUUCUUUGGUGUUCCGUACAAGUUUAACAGAAGUCUUCGUACUCAUACAAAGUUUGUUUUUGACGUCCGCUAUUCUCCUAACGAUGAUUACUUUGCAUCCGUGGGUGCUGAUGGAAAGCUUUUCUUGUACGACGGCAAAACUGGUGAUGUCAGUAAAGAAAUUAAUGCCCAUAAGGGCAGUAUUUUUGCAGUUUCUUGGAGCCCAGAUUCAACGCAGAUUGUUACCGCUUCUGCUGAUCAUACCGUAAAACUCUGGGACUUCGCUUCUGGUGAAUUAGUCCGUGAGUGGAUCUUUUCAGAAACGGCAUCUUUGGACAAGCAACAAGUUGGAAUUGUUUGGGCAAACGACACCAUUAUUUCUGUGUCAAUGGAUGGAACUUUGACUUACUUGAAGCCAGACAGUAAUGAUCCCAUUCGAUCCAUCAUUGGACAUCAACGCUCGAUUACUGCAUCUGCAUUUUCAGCUGACAAGAGCCAACUUUUUACGGCAUCUUACGAUGGUAAAAUUCUGUCCUGGGAUAUUGAAAAACAACUUGCUCAGGAGCUUGAUGGCUCAUCACAUACUAAUCAAGUGAUGCAAAUGAUUAACGUAGGAAACAACGUUGUUUCCAUUGGUAUGGAUGACACUCUACGUGCUAUUGACGCCAACACUCGCACUUUUAUUGGCGAUGUCUACGCUACUGGUUUUCAACCGGUUGGUCUCUGCGAAGUAAACAAGGCUAUUGUGCUUGUAACGGUUGCGGAUAUUCAAAUAUUGCGUAAUUUCAAGAGAUUGGCAACCGCUAAAACAGUUUACCAACCUAGCGCCAUUGCUGCACACCCCACUAAACACGAGUUUAGUAUUGGGGGUAGCGAUUCUGUUGUUUACGUUCAUUCUUUAGAAAACGACGAAAUUUGUGAGACCACUAAAUGUAAAGAAUCUCAACAUCCCAUUACUUGCUUGUCGUACUCGCCUGAUGGAAAGUACCUUGCCUGUGGUGACUCUUCUGGAAAGGUUGUUCUGUACGACGCAAACACUUAUGAACUAAUUACUUCUCGUUGGGCAUUCCAUACAGGUAGAAUUGCAAGUAUGGCCUGGCAUCCCGACUGUAAACACUUAGCUACUGCUUCUUUAGAUACGAAUGUCCACAUUUACUCUGUGGAACGCCCUAUGAAAUAUAUCGGCCUGAAGAACAUUCAUGCACUUGGUGCCAGUCAAGUGCAGUGGCUUUCAAAAACAGAGUUAUUUACCAUGGGAAGUGAUGCUACCGUCCAGAAAUGGGAUAUCACAUUCUAGUUUAUAUUCUUUCUAAUUUUAACAUGCAAAAAAUAUAUUUAGGCAUCGUAACUCUAAGUAUCUUGAACAGAAUUAAUGGGAACGAUCUUGCUUAUGUAAGCACUGAGCAAAGAGUUUUUAGUGGGUGAG